ACGAACCGAACCGCAGCACAAAAUUGUGGGUUGUGGGGCGACAACCAACAGUGUUUAAUCUUCCAAGAUUCAAACACCGCUCUGCUGUCUUCCCUAUAAACUACACAACUGACCACCCGCUUUUCGCACCCAUUUCCCUUGUCUUUCUCCCAGAUCUCCAUUUCCCUCCCUCCUCUCGCCCUGAUUAUUCGUCGAGCUAGUUUUUGCCAUUCAUGGGGACUGUUAUUGAUUCUGCAAACAAGGGAGCAAAUGGAAGCAUCCCCACUGACAAAAAGGUUAAGGUUGUGUUUGUCCUAGGUGGCCCGGGAAGUGGUAAGGGCACACAGUGUGCAAAAAUUGUUGAAAACUUCGGGUACACCCAUCUAAGUGCUGGGGAUCUCCUUCGAGCAGAGAUCAAGUCUGGUUCUGAAAAUGGGACAAUGAUUCAAAACAUGAUCAAAGAGGGAAAAAUUGUGCCUUCUGAAGUAACAAUUGCUCUCCUCCAACGUGCAAUACAAGAACAUGAGAACGACAAGUUUCUUAUUGAUGGCUUCCCUCGCAACGAGGAAAACCGUGAAGCUUUUGAGCGUGUUACUGGAAUUCUGCCCGAAUUUGUCCUCUUCUUUGAAUGUCCUGAAGAAGAGAUGGAGAAGCGUCUUUUGGGUCGGAAUCAGGGAAGAGAAGAUGACAACAUAGAAACAAUAAGGAAGCGAUUUAAUGUUUACAUGGAAUCUAGCCUCCCUGUUAUUGAAUAUUACAAGUCAAAGGGAAAGGUUCAAAAGAUCGAUGCUGCCAAGCCUGCUGAUGAAGUUUUUGAAGCGGUUAAAGCUUUGUUCACACCAUCAGAUGCAAAGGUUGCUGGAGCUUGAGGAAUGUAAGGCGAGAUGCCAGAUUUCUUGUUGUUGCAGGGAGUUGGUUUGUGUUGUGUAUCUGUGAUAGAGAUGAUUAUAUACAGAUGGUUACAAUAUUCUUUUUUAGUUAAAACCAUAUAAUAUAUGUUGAAGUUGAGUGAGGUUAUUGCCUCUUUGUUGCCAUUAGUUAUAUGGAUGAAUGGAUGAACUGUGAGAAAUAAUGUACUGUAUGAUUACAUUGAGAAUUGAGAAUUUUGUGUUUGGCCUCUUCAACAUCA